AUGGGUAAAAACCAGCGCAUUCGAAGGCUCUUUUCAACUCUACGAGCCAAGCUGCCCAAUACGAGCGAGGUGGUUAAAUCGCUCGACCAUCUUGCUCGACGCGCGCUCUCGCACGUAGUGAUCAUAGCUGCGACCAUAGCUUGGCUGUCUUGGCAAUCCUACCAAGAGCAAGAGGACGUGGGUGUUCUCGUGCUUGCGGACGCGUUUGUGAUUUGGCUCCUGGUCGCGGCGACCACAGCUUGUGUUCGCCCUGAGAGAACAUCUGUCAAGUUGAUUGUUUGCGCUGUGCCUCUCGCCGACGACAACCCUUCUUUCUGGUCCAGAUUCUUUGCAGUUGUUCGUCAAACGGGCAAGAACAAAAUGCGCGACUUGUCUUUCGGCCCGCCUCAAAAGCACUGGCCAGAUUUGAAAGAUGGCUUCAAGAAAUGGACCUGGGAUGCCUUUACAACCAAGUAUUUCGGAAAAUUACGUGAAGCCGCGACUUUGCGGUUCGACCAGCAGCCACGACUUUCCGAGGGUUGCGUCCGAAUCUUCGUAUGGAAACCGCACGCCGCGGUGAUUGACGGCAUCACGAAGAAUGAGAAGGAGUGCUCAGUGGGUCACAUUGCUCUAAUGUUUCUUCCGCCCCUCGACCAAGCUGGUGCCGCCCCCGCCGCUGCCCCCGUCGCCGUCGCCGUGCCAAAUUAUAUCAGCUUUUGGCCAGUUAAAGAAACAAAAAUGCGUCUCCUCGAUGAUCGGGGCCAGCUCGUAGACUGGGAGAGUGAUAUUGACGACCUUCGCGAUCCAGACUAUGUGGUGGAGUUGGAGUUCAAACCUGCACAGCUGCAGUUGAUGGCAAACAAGGCGGCCGAUCUAAAAAACCAACAUAGCAACAAUAGCAUGCGGUACAACCUCCUCAAUUCCUUCGAAUCCUGGAUCUUGCCCCGCCGACCUUCUCGCUACUUGAACUGCUCAACCUACGCGUGGAUGAUUCUUGACACAGCCGACAUUUCUAAAGUCUUACGCGCUUCGAGGUGCGAACCGGCUGAUGUGGCUCGUCUCACACGCACAACUCUUGCUGGUAUGGGCGUUCUUCCCUCUUUGUGCAAACCGCUCGAAGAGUUUUUCCAGUUUUUCCCGAUUCCUGUCUUUUCUCCUGAGACGGUCUUUUACAUCUUGAACUAUUAUCUGCACUUUCAACCAUCGGGCGCAUACAAUCCUAAACUGAGAAAGAACGGAGCCCCAGAUAGACGCUAUCGCGAACAUCGUGGGAAUCUAGUUGCCUGA